AUGACAGCAUCUAUUCCAUCUGUAGCAAUAGAUCAGCUUUCAACUAAUAAUGAAACCCCCUAUCCGUUUUCUGAUCAAGAAUUGGAAAAUUUAAAUAAAUCCCUAGAAAAUUAUUCCACUGAACAAAUAUUGCUUUGGUCCAUUAAAAACCUUAAUAAUCUAUACCAAACAACUGCCUUUGGUCUAACAGGUCUUGUUACGAUCGAUCUACUAUCAAAAAUAUACUCAGCCAAUAGCAAUAUCAAACCAAUUGAUCUAAUCUUUCUAGAUACUCUACAUCAUUUCCCACAAACUUUAGAUUUACUCAAAAAUGUUCAAAAUAAAUACCCGUUUUUAAAGAUAAAUAUCUUCAAACCACAUCAUUGCGAAUCUGAACUCGAAUUUGCUAAAAAAUAUGGUGAUAAUUUAUGGGAAAAUAACGACAAUUACUACGAUUUUUUAGUUAAAGUUGAACCCUUAUCAAGAGCUUAUAAAUCGUUAAAUGUCAAUGCAAUCUUAACUGGAAGAAGAAAGGUUCAAGGUGGAGGUAGAUCUACUCUAAAAAUCAUCGAGCUCGAUAGAAUAAACAAUAUAAUCAAAAUAAAUCCUUUAAUCAAUUGGGAUUUUAAUCAGGUCAAAUCUUAUAUUACCGAUAACAAUGUUCCAUAUAACGAACUCUUGAAUUAUGGCUAUAAAUCCGUUGGUGAUUAUCAUUCGACCUUUCCAGUUGGCGAAAAUGAAAAUGAAAGAGAUGGAAGAUGGAAAGGCAAAAGCAAAAGUGAAUGUGGAAUUCACGAGUUUUCAAGAUUUGCACAAUACUUGAAAACNGAAAAUGAAAAUGAAAGAGAUGGAAGAUGGAAAGGCAAAAGCAAAAGUGAAUGUGGAAUUCACGAGUUUUCAAGAUUUGCACAAUACUUGAAAACUGUAUAA